UCCUGUGACGUCAGCUCGGCUUGCUGCGCUGCCCGUGUCGGUGAGCGGCAUUGUGCACUCGGAGCUCCAGGUGGAAGGCAGCGCUCCGGCUCCCGGCCUGGGAGGAGUUAUUAUUCUUAUUAUUGAUAUUGUUGAUAUUAUUAUUAUUGUUGUUAUUUUCUGGUUCCCGGAGUUGUGUGUCGGCGGAGCUCACUGUCUGCAGCCCUGUUCAAUGCUGGGGAGGGGGAGACCAUGAAUCCCGACCUGUGACUAAAUAAGAAGACCAAAUGGCCAAACAACCAUCAGUGUUGAGCCCGGGCAGUGAUAGCGGAGACAGUGACCAGUUACAGCCGACCAGUAGACCUCCAUAUCGCCCACUUAGAAGAGGGGCCCCAACCUCCCUCACCAGCCCUACUCAAGGUAAUUUUUCUGAUGAGGGGGGAAGCUCCUCUGCCAGCACUCCUUGGGGUACAUCUGUACCGCCAUAUAGUCCCAGUUCAUUCGCCAACAGAUCCCCGCAUUGCAUGCUGGUGAAAAGAACAUCGCUCGUCUCCAAGUCCUCCAGCGGUUAUUUCUCAUUUGAAGUGAGCCCUGCAUCUGUGAGUUGCGAUAAAGCCACUCAAACUCCAAGUCCGCCUUGUCAGGCAGUCAACCACCUUUUGUCAGCAAUGGCAGCUGCCAGAUAUCCCAUCGAGCCUCACAACAUGAGUCCAGAAAUCUGGAUUGCCCACGAGCUUCGUCGGAUCGGAGAUGAGUUCAACGCAUCAUUCGGUCCAAGAAGGGGAUUCCUCGACAACGGACGCCGGGCACCAGAGCAAGUGGUAAUCCUGCGUGUGCUGCGUUUCCUUAUUCGAUUCAUUUGGAGGAUGCAAUGACUGAUCUUAACGAAUCUCGAGCUAUGAAGGAGAAACGCCUCAUCUCUCCAUCAUCCUCGUUCUACUCUUUGCUUGCUUCCAUUUUAUAGCACAUGUGACCAUCAGCAGAUAUAACUAUGCAAUUCACAUGCCUGCACACUUGCUAUGUGGAACUUGGGGAGAAUUCUGCUCUUCCCUGGAACAUUACUCAGGCAUGUUCGAAACGUGGAAUUUUCUAAAUUUCUUUAAAAAAAACAAAAAAAAAAACAUUACAAUCCAAGUAUCAAUCCAAUGAUACAUUAAUGAAAUUUUAAAAGAAAAAUAAUUAAUUGAUGUAUUUUAUAGAGUAGACAAAUUUUUAUAUUUUAUGUACAUAAAAAAAAGCUUCGUCAAACUUUUACACAUCUACUGAAAUAUGCAUUUUAUCAUCUGACCUGUGGAGAUUACUGCAAUGGUGAACCAGCGGAGCCGGAGCCACGUAGCUGCCUUACUUUGUACCGAGCAUAAAAUUGUGAUAGGACAACACAAAUGGAGCUUGUGUUCUUCUUAAGACCAUACAUGACAUGGCUAUCUUGGUGCUUGCUUGUGCUCUUCCAGUUUUACGGGCCUUUGUGAAAUCAAGGUUUCCCAAACAUUUCUUCAAUGUAAACUUUUAUAUUCUUCCAUAAAGACCUUAAUAAGUGACUUGUCUGGGAUGUGUUCACUUUGGUUCAAUCAUCAUUGGAAGGAUAUAUUACUGGAAACAAUUGUUCGUCAAUACGUUGCAUCCAUGUUGGAAUUUACUGAAUUCUGGGCAGUUUAUAAUUUCAAUUUGCUUAACAAAAAUAAGGCAGUCUUGCUCCAUUCUAGCUUUAUAUUUGGCGUCCUCUCAUCAAGGGUGAAAAAAAAAAAAUAUGGGCACUUCCUUUUACCUGUGUUAAUGUGCAAUGUGUUACUUUCUUGGUUUCUUUGGCUUAACAGUAAGGUGUAAGAUGUAACUGUACAUCAUUUUAUCUACACCUUGCUUACAGGUACGAUACAAAAAGUACUUGGACAUACCCGUCUGGGCAGUGAAGGGACCAUAUGUCUGUCUAUAGGACCAACUGUUUCAUGAAUACUACAUGGCCCAACUAUUUUAAAUCAUCAGACAGAGCCUGCAACCAGGUUUCUGUUUGUAAAAGAUGGGCUUGUUAAUCUGGUGGGUAGAUCCUAUAUGUUGCUGGUACUAACUGCAGCCACCACGUUGCAUAUAUGCUCCAGAUACAUAAUGACUUGUUCAAUGCCUAUUUAGAUUGUACACAAAUAGGGAUAUAAAGACAUUCCAUCAUAUUCCCUUUUUUACAAUCAAAUUUGUCCCAACCAAUUUAUUUUUUCCUUCUGUUCUUCAGCAGCACUAGUGUAAACUAUGUAAUGCUCGCAGUGCUGGUCACAUUUCACAAGCACAUCUCUGUAUCAGAUUUUUCCUUUGUGGAAAUCCAUAUACUAAGCUCAGAAUACUCCUCUAUGCAUAAGUGCACUUUUUUUCAGAAUUCAUGGGACUCCUUCCUGUGAUUUCUUCUAAGCAGUAUUGUCCUUUCUCAACAAGAUAACUAUUCCCAAUGUUUUCCAGGAACAUUAGUAGGAAUAUUUAUCUGCUUUUUUUUUUUUUUUUUUUUUUUUUAAAUAGUUCCUAAACUCAUAACCCCAGAGUUCGUUCCAGAAUUCAUUCUACUUGUGCCAUUUGCUGUAGAUUGUGAUAACAUAAUUUUGGAGCUGCAGACAAGCUUCUUGUGGCAUUAAAACGCGUGUGUGCAUGAUGUAUACAUAAUCACUCAAACAGCAAAUGUUUGUAGUCCGUGCACAUGUUAAUUGCUUAAUCUAAACAAAUGCACAUCUGAAAAUAUGUCCAACAAAGCGCAAAAAAAAGUAAAAAAGAAAUUGUUAAAUGUGAUUUGAAUCCUUCCACAUAAAGGAGUUAGCAGGCAGAUUAUAGACCUGGGAUGGUAAACAUUCAUGGUGUCUUUCCAACUCUUGUAGGACUCAAGUUCCUGUAGCUCCCUACGAAAUGCAAGCUGGUAGAAAAUGAAGGAAAUUAAAGUUUAGCAGCUGGAGGCAAUAAGUUGGAUACCAUUUAGUAGAGUGUGAUGUUCAACAUUUAAGCAAAAUUGUUGAAAAAAUCAAAGUUCCAGAAUGGUUGGAUUUU